UGUGAGUGAGCGGCGGCCCGGGCACAGAGGGCCUUGUUGUGGUUCGGUGACCGACAUCACACUGCAGGUCACGCAGGGAGCAGAGGAGCGACAACAGGCUGCCAGCGAGUUGACCAUUAACGUCGAGGAGGGUAUUUACCCGGAAGUCGUGAUAAAUAAGGAGGAACCGACGAAAAGAGCGUCGCUGUGUGCCGAAGUACCUGGAAAGUCCUUGUUUCUCAUCUGGGAUUGACUCCAGCAGUCACAAUGGCAGACAGCGGGAAGACUAAUGAGACUGGAGCUGCAGCAGCAGAACCAGCUAAUGGAGAUCAGCAGAGCGUUGUUUCCCGAGUGAGCCAUUUGCCUCUGGUCAGUUCAGCUUGCGGGGUGGUUUCCAGCGCCUACAGCAGCACCAAAGACAGUGUGCCCUUGCUGAAGGGAGUGAUGGAUGCGGCAGAAAGUGGUGUGCGAACCCUGGGAGCAGUGGCCACCACGGGGUCAAAGCCGCUUUUGGACAUUAUUGAACCCCAGCUCGCUACAGUGAAUGAGUACGCCCUGAAAGGACUGGAUAAGAUGGAAGAGAAGCUGCCAAUUCUUCACAAGCCAGCAGACAAGGUGGUGUCGGACACAGUGGGCAUGGUGUAUCAGUCGGUGGCUGGGGCCAAAGACGCAGUGAUGGGGGCUGUGAUGGGUGGUGUGGAGCUGACCCGGGCAGCGGUCAGCGGAGGCAUCACCACCGCCAUGGGCACCCGGAUGGGCCAGAUGGUCAGCAGUGGGAUGGGCAUGGCCCUGAGCCGGUCCGAGCACUGGGUUGACCAGAACCUGCCGCUCACUGAGAAGGAGCUCGCUGCUGUGGCUGAACCGGUCAGCAGUGAGGUGACUGCCGCAUCGAGCCCCAGCUACUUCGUCCGCCUGGGGAAACUCUCCGCCAAAGUCCAGGAGCGAGCCCUGCAGCAGUCCCUGGCCCGUGCCGACCUGGCCAGAGACGCCACCUACACUACAGUGGCUCAGAUCACCAGUACUCUGGACCUGCUGGAGAUGGCCCGCACCGGUCUGGGCACCGCCGGUAACCAGAUAGGAGGAGCCUCCGAGCAGCUGCUGCAGCGCUGGAAAGAGUGGAAGCAGAAGCAGGCUGGAGCUGGACAGGCCGAGUCCGAGACGGAUGGGACCAGAGAUGAGGCUGAGCAGCUGGAGUGGCGUGUCCUCUCCAUGGUGCACGGGCUGAGUGACCAGCUGAAAUCGGCAUGCUCCAACGUGGUGUCAAGUGCUCAGGGUCUGCCAGGUGCAGUCCAGGACCAGCUCACGAGCGCAAGGCGAUCAGCUGAAGAAUUGCACUCCUCUCUGGGGACCACCAGCACCAUCACGCCCCACCUUCUGGAACGGAGCCGCCACCACCUGAGCCAGGUUCAGCGGUCUCUGGACGGUGUCAUGGAGUAUCUACUGAACAACACACCGCUCAACUGGCUGGUGGGACCGUUUGCCCCCCAGAUCGCCGAGAGGGUGGAGGAAGAUGGAUCGAUGGAGCAGAGCGGACCAGGCAACUAGACCUGCAAGACUCUCUUGUGUUUUCUCCAUGGAGGGAGGAGCGGGGGGGGGGGGGCCAGCAGACUGGUGUACACUGGACCUGGACCUUUUGAGAAAGAAAAGAAAAAUCUGCUUGCUUUAAUGAAAUAUUUAUAAUGCACAAAAUAUCAUUUAAUAACUCAACAUUUGUGAUGGUUGACUGAAAGCUCUGACGUGGCCAUAGAGGUUUUGUAUAUCCGUGCACUUUAUUCUACAUCAAAAAAGUAUUUUAAGAAUGUUGAUCAACUACACGUGUGCUCAAAACUUCUGUUGGUGCCUAAAAAGAAAAGAAGUCCAAGCAUUGACCUAAACCAAUGCUCAAAAUCUCCUUUUGUGUGAAUAAAAAUGGAAAGCAAGUACUGUUGGUGGAGAGCUAACGGUUUAUUUCAGACUGGCCGUUUUAAUUCCAAUAUUUUGUGUCUGCACCUUUUUGUGGGCUUCUGGCAGCGGUUUAAUAAACUGUCGAUGGAGCUGUGACACAGCACAGCAUUGAUGUACUGGUUCCGAAUGCAUUGAUUAAAGCGUUAUCACUCA